AUGGAAGAUAUUUCAAUUCUCAAGCAGCAAAUAGAUGAACAAAAAUCAAUGAUGCAAGCCAAAGGCCUUAAUUGGACUGGCGUAGAUAGCUUAUACACUAAAAUCUUAGAAAUCCGAUGUAUUGUUGACGAUUUUUCUGCAAACGAUAAUAUUGAAAAAUCUAAAUUUUAUGAGGAUUUAGCUCCACAGCUUGAUGAGCUUGAAAAUUAUGUGAUUUUUGAAAAAAGAUGUAGCGAGCUAAUAGAAAAAGAAAGAGAAAAAGAAGCAAUUGAGCACUUAAAGCAAAUGAAUGAGCUGAAAGAAAAUUAUCUGAACUCGAUGCUGAGGUUAGAAGAUGUAAGCACAAAAUUAGUGAAAUCGAAAAAUAUUCUGCUGAAAGAAAUAGAAAAAAAUAAAAGUAUCCAAGAAGAAAAUGAUAAGCUUGGAUAUAGCCCAGGGUGCCUUUAGCUCAGCAUGAGCGCUGUUUUAGAAAAACAAUCUAAGUUAUUAAAAAUGGGAAAUUAUAUUUUAGAUUCUUGAUUUUCGCUAAGCUUUAAAAAUCAAAAACUAGCUGAAUAGAGCUUUUAGAGGUAUUUAAUUCUGCAGAUAAACCAAGAAAAGACGAAUAUUAGCGAAAAAUAUCAAGCUUUAACCAAUAAUAUUCAAAAUAACAGAGAAAUAGGUAACGGAAGCAAUGGAGAUCAGUAUGAUAGCUUAAGAGCUGAAAAUAAUUAUUUGAAAGAUACUGUUCAUGAAAAAUCUGAAGAAAUAAAUAGGCUGAAAGAAAGAAAUGCAACUUUAGAAAGUGAGUUAAAAUCAUUGAGAAGACAAGAAAUGAGGCUUGAAUAA